UCAACUCCUUAAUUCUUAUAAACUUUUAUAUGUUUCUCCAACUUUUGGAUCUGCCAUUUUAAUCAAGGGAAGGAAAGAUCUAGUCUUGGUUUUUUUGUCUCCUACAGAUUCACUUAAGUGCCAUACUCCUGAACAAGAAUGUUUUUAUUGGAUUGGUUUUAUGGGGUUCUUGCCUCUUUGGGUUUAUGACAAAAGGAGGCUAAGAUUCUGUUUUUAGGACUUGACAAUGCUGGCAAGCCACCCUUCUUCACAUGUUGAAAGAUGAGGUAAAAAUGCUUCAAAGAUUUCCACUUUUUUGUUUUUGUUUUCAUUUCCAGUUUCUGGGUUUUGUAAAGAUUGAUGAUUGGAGAUUGUUUUUGAAGAGAUUAGUUCAACAUCAACCAACCCAGCACCCAACUUCUGAGGAACUGAGUAUAGGCAAAAUCAAGUUCAAAGCUUUCGAUUUAGGUGGUCACCAGAUUGCUCGCCGUGUCUGGAAAGAUUACUAUGCUGAGGUUGAUGCAGUGGUUUACUUGGUGGAUGCCUAUGACAAGGAGAGGUUUGCAGAAUCAGAAAGGGAGUUAGAUGCCCUCCUUUUAGAUGAAGCGCUGGCCAAUGUGCCGUUUCUCAUUCUAGGCAACAAGAUUGAUAUUCCCUAUGCAGCAUCAGAAGAUGAACUUCGGUAUCAUCUUGGGCUGACAAAUUUCACAACUGACAAGGGCAAGGUGACUCUUACAGAGUGCAACGUUCGACCCCUUGAGGUUUUCAUGUGCAGCAUUGUCCGCAAGAUGGGAUAUGGUGACGGCUUCAAGUGGCUCUAUCAGUAUAUCAAGUAGAGAAUUGAA